AUAUAGAUAGCUCGCUAGGGUUUAUGUUUGCCCUUGCUUUUUGCAGUUUAGCCGAGUGAGGACCAUCUACGCCGUCGGCCCAGAGAUCUACGUUCCGACGACUCCAAGAUGGCUAGGGGCUUGAAGAAACAUCUGAAGAGGCUCAAUGCACCAAAACAUUGGAUGCUUGACAAACUUGGGGGCGCAUUUGCUCCUAAGCCAUCAUCUGGCCCCCACAAAUCCAGGGAGUGCUUGCCAUUAAUCCUUAUUUUGCGGAACAGGUUGAAGUAUGCCCUCACAUACCGUGAGGUCAUUGCCAUUCUGAUGCAGCGACAUGUUUUGGUUGAUGGGAAGGUUAGGACUGACAAGACCUACCCCGCAGGCUUCAUGGAUGUGGUAUCAAUUCCAAAAACAAAUGAGAACUUCCGUCUCCUUUAUGAUACCAAGGGUCGUUUCCGUCUCCACUCAAUUAGGGAUGAAGAGGCAAAGUUCAAGCUUUGCAAGGUCCGGUCUGUGCAGUUUGGGCAGAAGGGAAUUCCCUAUCUCAACACCCACGAUGGGCGAACUAUCCGCUACCCAGACCCACUUAUCAAGGCUCAUGACACCAUCAAGCUGGAUUUAGAGACCAACAAGAUCACCGAUUUCAUUAAGUUUGAUGUUGGGAAUGUUGUCAUGGUGACUGGUGGUAGAAACAGAGGCCGUGUUGGAGUCAUUAAGAACAGGGAAAAGCAUAAGGGAACAUUCGAGACUGUUCACAUCCAGGAUGCCACUGGUCAUGAGUUUGCAACCCGUCUUGGAAAUGUUUACACCAUUGGCAAGGGUACAAAGCCAUGGGUCUCUCUGCCCAAGGGCAAGGGUAUCAAACUGACCAUCAUUGAAGAGGCAAGGAAGAGGAACCAAGGCCAACCACUCACAGCUGCUUAAAACCAGUAUUGUGUAUUAGUUAUGGCUUUAGAAGAUUACCUAGAUGAAGUUUAUUUUUUGCAAUUUGAGGAUUCAUGUUUUGGUUUAAAUAUGUAGUACUGGUUUUUCGGAUGGCGAAUGAGUUUCAAUACUGUUGUUUAAUUCUGUUUGCACUAUAAUGAGUAAUAUCAAACCAGUUUGAUGA